AGGAUGAGAGUAAUAAUGUUACCAUUCAAGUUGUUCCUGACAUUGGGCCUUCUGUAAAAUCAAGUACACUCUCUUUAAUGGAGGCAGCAAUUGCUGCUUUAUCUAGAGAGUUGAGUAAAAUUCGAACAGGAAGAGCAUCUACAGGGAUGCUUGAUCAUAUAAUUGUUGAGGCACGUGGUGUAAAAAUGCCAUUAAAUCGUGUUGCUGUUGUUUCUGCUAUAGAUGCACACACUCUCUCAGUGACACCUUAUGAUCCCAAUACUUUAAAAGAAAUAGAAAAUGCAAUAGUUUCAUCUCCUUUGGGCAUAAACCCAAUUCCUGAUGAUCAGCGACUAAUUGCAUCAAUCCCACCGCUGACCAAGGAGAACAUACAAGCAUUGUGCAAAGUAGUUUUCAAAUGUGCUGAAGAUGGUAGGCUUAGUAUUAGAAGGGCACGGCAAAAGGCCCUUGAUACAAUUAAGAAAUCAGCAUCAAGCAUUCCAAAAGAUGACGUGAAAAGAUUGGAGAAAGAAAUUGAAGAGAUGACAAAGCGUUUCAUCAAGUCAGCAGAUGACAUGUCCCGGGCAAAGGAGAAGGAAAUAACUGGCAGCUGAAUUUAACAGUUAAGAGGUUAUGACCAGAGCUUCCUGGAAGUGUAUUGGCUUCAGGCUACCUUUUUCAUAUUCUGGUAUACCAUUCUGAUCUUCUAAUCUUGCCGGCGGUCAUUGGUGGAAGGCAAGCAAUAUAUCUCUUUCCUAAUUCCUUAUCUUUAUUAAAUUGAGGGAGGUAUUACAAAAUUCUCCAACCUGGGUUAAGAUACUGGGUCACAUAUCUACCUGAUCCCAUAUUGAUAAGAAACACUAGUUUCUAACAUUGGUAUUCAAUUAAGAAGGAAUUUGGUUUGAUGUUA